UGGGCCCUGUGGACCACCUUCACUGUCUGUGUAUUUUAAAGCAUGAUGCCAAAACAGUGCAUAUUCCUCUUGUGGCUUAUUCAUCCCUCCUGGGGAAACAGCACAGAGGUAGUUUAGCCUUUUUGAAGUGAUGUCUUGCACACUUGUAUGUGUUUGUGAGCCACUAGAACCCCCAAAUCUUUUUCUGGGCUUCCCAUACAUGCAAGGGUUCCUAGCUUCCCCACCUCCUAAUAGUAUGACAUUAUUGACUUAAAGCUAGAUGAAGAGUUUUAAUACAUUUUAGCUUUUUAAAAACUAAAACAUCUUUUAUUAUUUGCAGAAUUAAUAAAUCAAAGCACAUGGGAUGCCGCGGUUAGUAGGCAACCACUGAUCCUCUGGAUCAUGCUGCAAAACCCAAGUGCUGAAGUAAGGGAAUUUGCCUGUGCCAGCAUUUCAAAACUGUUGCAGCAGAAGCAUACAAUCCCAGAUUUUCUGCAGAGAGAUGUUGUCCGGUGUUUAGGCCCUAUGUUGCUAGAUCAAAGUUUAGCUGUUCGUGAGACAGCUGCUGGAGCUCUCCGAAAUCUCAGUGCCUGUGGAGGCUUUGAAGUUUGUGAUGACAUGGUGACUAAAGAUAUCAUGACACCCCUGGUAGCACUUUUGAAAGAGUGCAGUGCUGGACUCGACCCCAACCAGGCCUCCCCAAAGAAAUGCAAAGAUACAAACAAAAAUUAUAUUGAAGACAUAGCCAAUGAGGCUGUUAAUGUGCUUUGGAAUGUAUGUGAGUGCAAUGGCACAGCAGUAUCUAUAUUCAAUAAAGAGGGUUGUUUGGAUGCCAUGUUACAGUACUUGAAGAAGUUCUCCACAAAUGUAGAUCUGGCUAUCUCUGCAGCAAAUUGUCUACAAGCGGUGACAGAAGAUAAUCCAGAGCUUCUUUCUUCUUUCAGUUCUUCUGCACAUCAAGUAUUGGAAUCUGUAAUGCUAUCCUCAGAUCCUGCCAUGGAAUAUAUCCUUUUAAGGACACUGGUGGCAGGCACUGGCUGGAAUAUAAAAGAUACUAUACCAUCCAAUAGCUUGGCAAGUACAGUUAAUGCUAUGUUGAAGAUUUGCUCAGAAUCUUUAGCAAUAGAUGCUGGUGAAACUAUUAUUCAGAUGAAAGAAGCUGAAACACAACGGUUAAAGCUUGCUGCAGAGGCAGAAACUGAGGAAAAUAUGGAUGACGUGACAGACAAAUCUAUAUUGAAUGAAGAUGUUGAAAUGGAAGAGACACCGAAAGGAAAAGCCAGAAGAAAAAAUAACGUUCUGGAUCUGCUUCCAUCGGAUAAAUUGGAGCUGAAACAAGUGACAGCUUUACUGAUGGCUCAGCAGACUGCCCUGGAAAUCAUUGUUAAUAUGUGCAGUAGUGAAGAUCCUUCUGAUGAUGAAUGGGAAGAGCUUUCCAGCAGCGAUGAAAGUGAUCUGUUUAUGGAGAAUUCCUACGAUGAGGGCAGUGGGCUGCUGAUGUCUCCCCUCUGCCUUUCUGCUGAAGUUCACGCCGCACUUCUGAACUACCUUGUUCCCAAAAAGAUUCUUGACAAAACUGCUUUUCCAAACAGUGUUGCUGUAGACCUCUGUGCACAUAGCCCAUCUUGGAAACCAUUAAUUAGAAAGUUGAACGUGGUCCAGUGUAGAGCUCUAACAUGUCUCCAUAGCAUUUUGUUAGUAGCAGAUGUGGAUUGCCUUGGAGGAUCUUUGGCACUUCAGUCACUUUCAGAGCAUCUGUCCCAGUUAGUUUUUUCUCAGUCAGAAUUUCCUAAAGACACUGAGUUCCUAGAAGCUGUAACUAGUGCCUUGAGGGCUCUCUUGCAAACAAUGGCAUCAAAGAACAUAUCACAGUGUAUAACUCCUGAGCAGCUGAUAACUUUAUGUGAAGCUGGAAUUCAGUGCAGCAAUGUAAGUGUUAGAGUAAAUGUAGUUAGUAUCCUAGGAAUUGCUGGGAGUGUGCUGGCAAAAGUAGAAGAUUCAGCUGAAACACUAAAGAUGAUUGGGAAAUUUCUUCUUGAGGUUGCUGUGAAGGACUCUUCACUUGUGGUAGCUGGAGAAGCUCUGGAUGCACUUUUUGAUGUUUUUGCAGAUGGUAAAGAAGCUGAAACAGCAGCUGUUGAGAUUAAAUUGCUCCCAGCACUGAAAGAAUUCCAGCCAGUCUUCAAAAUGAGGAUACGGAAAGAAGGAAAAAAACAGUACAGCACGGACCAGUUGUGUGUCCUAGACAAUGUAAAAAUGAAUUUGAGAAGAUUCAUUGCCUAUCAAGAGACAUUGGAGAAAAAAUGACUUCUUGAAAAAACAAUGGACUUUGAAAGAAUUAUAAAUAAAGGCUUUCUUGAUUUUUAUUUUCUUGUAUUUAGAGGUCUAGAAUUGGAGGGGGAAUGGGAUUUUAUGUUGCUGUUAAUGUUGCUUUUCUCAUACGGUGUUUUUUUUAUAAUUUCUGGGUUGAUGCAAUAUUAAAGCUGGCUUCAAUGAGUAAGUGCAGCAUUACUUAGAGACUAAAUGUUAACAGUGAUGGAAUGUGCUUUUCCAAUCUGGAGACCUGUAAAUAGAGUUUACUCUCCUUGUAUAGAAAUCUGUGUAUUUUGGUACAAAUUAAUUGCAUAAGAAAGUAAUAAAAAUUAUAUCUUGGUGCAUAGUAGGCCCAAGAAACCAU